GUUGUGUCGUCUCGCCUGCUCCAGGCAAGCUCCUGCAAACGCGUCGAUAUCCAAAGAGCUCCCUCAGAGCUCAACCCCGACCUCAGAACCGGCGACCACUUCCACGUCCACCCAUCAACCCCUUCUCUCAGUUCGUGACGACCGAAUACGAUUUUUUUUCGACGUAAUCCGACCAACGCAAACACAACCAUACCGCCAAGAUGUCGGGUGGCUCAGCUUACGACCGACACAUCACCAUCUUCUCGGAGCAGGGAAGAUUGUACCAAGUCGAAUAUGCCUUCAAGGCAAUCACAGCCGCCAACAUCAUGUCGAUAGGCGUCAGAGGCAAGGACUGUGCCGUUGUCCUGUCUCAGAAGAAGGUUCCUGACAAACUCAUCGACCCCGCCUCCGUCUCCCACCUCUUCCAGCUCUCUCCGUCCGUUGGCUGCGUCAUUACGGGCUCCAUCGCCGAUGCGCGUGCCUUCUCCCAGCGUGCUCAGGGUGAAGCGGCCGAGUUCCGGUACAAGUACGGCUACGAGAUGCCUGCUGAUGCUUUGGCCAAGAGACUGGCCAACAUCAGCCAGGUCUACACACAAAGGGCCUACAUGCGCCCCUACGGAGUGGCCACGACCCUAAUCUCAUUGGAUUCCGAGUUCGGACCUCAGCUGUUCAAGUGCGACCCCGCUGGAUACUACAUCGGCUACAAGGGCACCUCAGCAGGCCCCAAGCAGCAGGAGGCUCUCAACCACCUCGAGAAGAAGCUGCGCAACAAGGAUCACGCCCCGGGCGACUGGACGGAGGUUGUCGAGCUUGCCAUCACAACUCUCAGCACCGUCCUGAGCAUGGACUUCAAGAAGGGCGAGAUCGAGAUUGGCAUUGUUGGAGGCCCCCGCGCGGAUGGCGAGGAGGGAACGGACCCCGGCUUCCGGAUCCUGACCGAAGACGAGAUCGACGAGCGGUUACAGGCGAUUGCGGAGAAGGACUGAGGUGGAAGAGACACAUUCCGGCUGGUGGAAGCUGGAGUUGGCUGGUGCGUCCGACGAUGAGUCCAAGGCGACAUUGAUUCGUUGACAGGCCAGAUCACGCAUGACUUCCGCAUUGUAUUGCAGAUGAGAGUCAAAACUGGUUGUCUCGCGAACCCAGAUCCCCGCACACGAUUGUACUACUAGCCAGCCUACCAACCGUUAUA